AUGGCGAUAGACGAAUCGUUGGUGAAAGCCGUUGGAUGUGUGUUCCAGGUCAAAUGCCCAGAUAUGCCACCGAUAGUGAUUGAUCUAAAACAUCCGCCUGGAUCGUGCACCCGAGGAUCUGCUGUUCCAAAUCCCGAUGUGAUUUUCGAGAUGAGCCGUGCCGUUUUCGUGAAAAUAGUCACGCAAGAGCUGUCACCGGUUGCGGCCUACAUGCAGGGCUCGUUGAAGGUCCACGGUCCGCUCCAAGACGCCAUGUCGUUGAAGUAUUUAGCCGAUAGG